AUGCCCAAAGACCCGCAGUGGCAUCGGAAAGGACAAGUGCGGCGUUUCCGUCGAGGAGGCCAGGACCCGGCGGCCCGGAUCCGCGCGCGUAACCCACGUCCGCCGCGUGUGUGUGCUCCCGCCCGCAGGAUGCGCAAGGACUGCCACGCGCCCCGCCACCAGCAGCCAGGUUAUGGAACAGGCUUUGUUCCCCCAGUGCUUUCAGGGCAGGUUAUUUAUCGUGGCUACGGGUGGCCUCCCGCGCGGCGCUGCAGCCCCUGCGCCUGGGGGGACCUCAGGAGGCUCUUGGCAGCGCUCUUACUUAAAUAUUUUCAUGUCUCUCUUAAAGGCAGGAGAAAACUCAGGAGUCAGUCUGUCCAGGCCCACACUGCUUUGCACCAAAGGCCUCCUGUUUCCAGUCACUCCGGGCCAAUUGCAGAAGGCCGCCAGCCCUUCCUGCAGACAUCGACGUCCGCCCAUGAGCUCGCGCAGAGGCUUCCCAGCAGCCGCCUGUCCCUGCACAACUCGGAAACGUCCGUGUUUUCUCAGUCUCCUGCGGUUGCUGCUGCCGGCCAGCUGACUGUGCAGGAGCAAGCUGCAGCCAUGCUCAGGUCCAGCCUGGCCUCCUCCACCAGCUCCACGCUCAGCCUGCUGUUCGGCAAGAGAAGCUUCUCGAGCGCUUUGGUGAUCUCUGGGCUCUCGGCUGCAGACGGAGGCAACACCAGCGACACGCAGUCAUCCAGCAGCGUCAACAUUGCCAUGGGGCCCUCGGCCAGAGCGGCGAGCCAGGCGGCUCGGGUGAGUACUGACCCGGAGCUCCCGGGCUCCGUGGGCGUCUGCACCCUGCUUCCUUUCUGGCCUCUCACUGCUCAGAGAAGAGUCACUCCUCCUCUGAAACGCUCUCAGGCUUCUGGUGCUUGUUCUGGAUUGGGCCUCAUGCCUGGUCACCAUUUCAACUCCCCGAGCCCUGCGGAGCCAGUGACGCUGCGGCCGCCCGGCAGGAGGGCCAGCCAGGAGGACAUGGCCCUGGACGACACGGCCUCCCAGCAGAGCCUCUCCGAAGAGCAGUGA